AUGGCAGACAGCGAUGAUGAGUUUGAACAAAAGAAAGGGCGAGACAAGUUUAGGAGAGAGAGAAAUGAUUAUGAUCGUCGUACGGAUGACAGGCGCAGAGACACUUGGGAGGACAGGAGGCCAUCCGCAAGAGGAGGACAACGCGGGUGGCGUGGUAACACCGGUGGAGUGAGACGAGAUGCCUGGGGUAAUACUGGCAGGGGUAAUAAUAUGAGAGACCGCCGGGACACUUACUCUCGGGGCUAUGACGAUAGACGGCGGUAUGAUGAUCGACGGCGGGAGCAUAAUUUCAGCCCAGGAAGUUAUGAUUCUUAUCCAGCCAAGCGCAUGAGACGAGAUUGGGAUGAUACAGGCUUUCCAGGCAUGUAUGAGAAUCCCUUUCAGGUUAGCAAUGGACCUCCUGGGGCAGACAGGCCCGACUGGAGCCAUCGAGCCCUGGAAGCAGGUGGUGCAUCAUCUGAUGGUUUCGGAUAUCCAGAACGAAGCAACAAUAGUGAUCCUGGAUACCCAACCCAGCCUGCCAUGAUGACAUUCAAACAGUUUCUGAACAAACAGGAUGAUACGAUCACCCAGGAAGAUGCCAUCAAGCUGUAUGCCGACUACAAGCUGCAGUUUACAAGACAGCAAAUCAAUGAGUUUUUCCUGGCUCAUAAGGAAGAAGAAUGGUUUAAGUCCAAAUAUCAUCCAGAAGAACGUGAGAAGCAACAGACGCAAGCAAAGGUAGCUCUGCAAGCUAGAAAGAAAGUGUUUGAAUCUCUUAAAGAGAAACACCUGUUAGAUGGUGUGUCCGUUGAUAUUGCAUGUGCUGAACAACUGACCAAAGUUAUGGACUCUGUGGUUAUCUUGCUGGAAGGUGGGGAUGACUUUGAUCUGACCGUCUUAGACAAAACGUUCGUGGAGGCAGAAGAUCAAUCACGUCAGAACUCAGAAACUAGGACUACUUCUGACAACACAAUCAAGGAGACACAGAAGGAAGAUGGAGAAGAGGGUGAAUUGAGCGAUUCUAGUGAUAUUAAGGAUGCAUCAGAAAAAGAUACAAGCCAGGAAAAAACAUCCACAGAUAAGAAUGAGAGUAAAAAUGAGUUAGCAUCAGAGAGGCCUGUUUCUCCAGAGCAGGAGGCAAAGAAAACAGCCCUAGAACUUCAGAAACAAAAGGAAGUUGCAGCUGUGGGAGAAGCUAAGGCACAGAGAAGGAACAAGAAGAGCCAAAGAGACAAAUCAGACUACAGUUAUCAGAGUGAUAGUGAGUCUGGAUUGGACUCCGGUUCUGAAACUGAACUAGCACCACCAGGUAUGGAGACGAGUUCAAGUCAACCAGUUGUUCAGCCAAGCAGUUCUAAAAAUAGUUCCUCUGUCAUUAAUGGUGACAAUAAAAAUGCAGAGAAAGAUAACAUUGCAGAGAAAGAUAAUGCUGGUGAUGAGAAUAAGGAAAAGGUGAUGGAGGUGUGCAGAAAACCUCGACCGCUGCAUCUAACCAGUUCUAUAUUCUUGAGCAAUUUGGCACCAAAUAUUACCAAACAUGAAAUAGAGGCACUGUGCAGAAGGUAUCCUGGUUUCAAAAGGAUUGCCCUGCUAGAUCCUCAGGCGGAGCGAAGGUUUUUCCGACGAGGUUGGGUCACCUUUUCUAAGGAUUGCAAUAUCAAGGAAGUCUGCUGGAACUUGAACAACAUAAGACUAAGAGAUUGUGAACUUGGAGCAACAGUCAACAGGGAGCUUAAAGUGCGCAUUCGUGCAGUAGACGAGAUCACUGUUCACAAACAAGUGAUGCGCAAUGAUAUUAAAAUAGCUGCCAAGAUAAUCCAGAUACUUGACAAGAAGCACGGCCUUUGGGAUGAACCAGAAGAGGAGAAAAAAGAUGAGGAGAAAGAUCUGCAGUUUGGUUUUGUGUCAAAGAACCCAGUGUUGAGGAACAUCACAGACUAUCUUGUGGAGGAAGGCAGUUUUGAAGAGGAUGAACUGAUUGGGGGAUCUGAAGAAAAAACAGCUGCCAGUCAUGAAGUAACAUUGGAGAAAGAUGAAUCUUUGAGUCAGGCUUUGGACCAGAUGCUGUUGUAUUUAAGAUUGGUCCAUUCUCUUGACUACUACAGUGCCAAUGAGUACCCAAAUGAAGAUGAGAUGCCACAUAGAUGUGGUAUCAUCCACGUGAGAGGUGUUCCACGAAGUUCCACAGCCAAAGUUUUGCAGAAUGAUGUCACUGAAUGGAUAACCAACUUUGAGAAGAAAAUUAUGCCAUUUCUGGAGACCUCUCGUCAGAUCCCUGAAACAGAAGCCGCACAACUGGGCAGCAAGGAGCCAGAUGUGGAAAAAUUUAUUCUAGCAAACACCCAGGAGUUGUCCAAGGACAAGUGGUUGUGUCCUUUGUCAGGGAAGAAAUUUAAAGGACCUGAUUUUGUGCGUAAACACAUCUUCAGUAAACAUCAGGAGAAGAUUGAGGAAGUCAAGCAAGAGGUUAGAUUCUUCAACAACUACCUUCUGGACCCUAAAAGACCCUCGUUGCCUGAACACCCAAGUAAUAAACCCAAGCCGGUGGCACCUCCCCCCAAGCCACGACCGGUGGAGCAAGCUACCAGCAGCUUUCAGUCAGCAGGCAGCUUUCCUGGUUACGGAGCACCUGCCCCUGGCUCGUAUGGAAGUGGAGUACAUUCAAGUGCCUAUCCUGUACAAGAUACAAGACCAUCUCCUGAGGCAUUUCAGAGAAGCAGCAUAGGAGGAGGCGGGUAUGCCCAUCGUCGAUCAGAUCCAAGACAGCUCAUACAUUACACAGACCUGGAUACACCUGGCGGCCUGCAUUGA